GCCAGCCAUUCAUUCAUUCACAUAAAAGCGGUAAGCAGUCGUCGUAUGCACUCACUGCAUACAUAUGUCAUUCAUGUCCAUGGCCUGCCGACGGACGCCAAAAACCGCCGUCCUGACUGACUGACAUGGAAAAAGGGACUAGCUGCCCCAAGGUAAGGUCGAUUUGGACCUCGUCUGCUCGAGACGACAUCAAUCAAAAGCCUCCCAUGCCCACACCCCAUCUCUCCCCACCCCACCCAACCGCGCCUCAAACACACAUCACGAAUUGUCUGCCUUGUUCACGGCCAGCUUGCCGGGUCGUCUGUGGGCCAGGGGAUGCCUUUCCUGCUCCAGUAGGUGACCUCGUCCGCUCCCCACACGCCCCUCGCCACCUGCACACACACAUCAACCAACCAACCAGACGCAUCCCAUGCAUCCCAUCCAUUGUGGUCCGUCCGUCGGGUGCAUCCAUCUGCGGCACGGCAGGCGUGGUCUGCCCCCACCCAUCCCCAUCCCUGCAUGCACCGGCCCACACACCUGUUGCAGCCCCGCCCUCUGCAGUGUGGCGGCCGUCACGUGAGACGGCAGAGGCUGGCCCUGGAACUCAACCUGCACACACACACAUGAGUGGGCUGAGUGAGUGGCCUGUGUGUCUCUCCCGCCCCGCCCUACAGCGAUUCGUACUAACCGAUGUGGCCCUGACGACCACGAGUCGGUCCACCAGCCCCUGAGUCAAAAAGCUGUCCACCAGCCGCGGACCCGCCUCCACCAUGGCAUGUUUAACGCCGAAGUCACGGCCCAAAUGGUCCAGCAACGCCCGCAGGUCCAAACCGAUGCGGCGAUCCGCACGGGCAAACUGACCUGAACUCAUUUAAAUGAAAUAGGCUUGUGUGUCCGAUGGUUGAUGGUGUGCUCCUUGUGCUGCUUGUGCUGACUGACCGGUAGCUGGAGGGAUCAGCCUCAAAAUCUUAGAUGGGGGUGACUGGCCGCCAAACAAAGCUGCACACACGAGCUGAGCUGUGUUGUUCCGCAGCUGAUGCGGUGAUAUGUAUAUGUCUGAGCUUAGGCCUACCUUCCCAUCGUUUCCUCUUCUGCUGGUCGCCCUCCAUCAUCUCCUCGAUCUCGUCAAGCCACACGCGGUCGACCGACACGCCACCUGAACACACACGCACACGCGCAGCCCACCGAGACCAACAGAAUCUGUCGAUGGUCACUGACUGAAACGAAAUCUCUCUGCUGUUGCUGCUGACUUUUGGUUUUGAGUGUGGGUCGCGAUGAUGCGAAUGCGGGCGGUGCCACGAGGUCGCCCCGCCGUGAGGGGGGAGGGUUGAGGGCCAACAGGGGGUCGUCCGUCGCUGACGCACAAAACACCACAGUGCUGUACUCAUCAGUCAACACCUGAAGGUAGGUAAGAAAGACAUCACACACACACAAAUGGGUGGGUGGACGUCCGCAGCUGUUCGACCGAGUGAGUGUGUGCGUGCCUGUGCGUCUUUGGGUAUCCUCAGCGAGGGAUCGAGGACGACUCGGAGGGGCUGUGACUGCCCAGGAGCGAGAGGCACCCGCCGCACAGUCAGCUGCGCAUCGUCGCGGAUGAUGGUGUUGACACCAACGAUCACGCAGUCUGACGCCAGCCGGAUCCGAUGCACCUUGUCCAGCGCCUCACUGCACGUGAACCGCCUGAAACACACACACAUACAGAAACAGACAGAACAUAAGCAAUGACUGCAGUCUUCCCUCGUCGUGUGCGAUAGGUAGAUCCGGGCUGACUCGGGUGCGAUUUUGAGGUCAUCGACGGCGCCAUUCCUGUCGACCGCCAGCUUGACGGUCACCUCGGGCCUCUUGAGCCGCGCCGCCAU